AUGCUGGGUUCCUGCCCCCAGGUACCUCACUCUGUGCUCUUCCUGUUUGCGUUACUUCCAUCACUGCUCAGCACAGGGAACUUCCUGUACCAGUACCCUGACAGAGAAUACUACCCUGGACUGGGCUUAGGCUCCAGAAAUUUCCACCACCACGAAGACCAGAACCUAAUGCAUAUGUGGCAUCGAAGGAAUUCGAAGUUGAAACCAUGCCAGGCUACCCCUGACAUCUACUUUGUCUUGGAUAAGUCUGACCGAAUGGCAAAUGCCUGGCCACACAUUCACAAGUUUGUGUCGGAUAUGGUACAGAGGUUGUCAAACCAGGAUCUGCGGGUGUCCAUCAUUACCUUCUCCUGUAAGGGCACCGUCAUCCUGCCCAUCACUGGAGACAGAGAAGAAAUUCUUAAGGGUCUUGAAAGACUGAAGUAUAGCAUACCUGCAGGACACGAACACCUUUACAGAGGACUGUGGAAGGCAAAUACUGAGAUUAAAAAGGCCAACUCGGGAGGUGUCCAGCGUCCCAGCAUGAUUAUCUCGUUGCUCAACAGCCCUCUGGAUGAUGAUAACUAUAAGUACUCGUUGGCGGAGGCUGAUGAUGCUCGGAAAAUGGGAGCAUCUGUAUUCACUGUGGGUGUGGGCCACUCUGAGAAAUCACAGAUAAUAGGUCUUGCAGACAAGCCAGAAAAUGCAUUUCCAGAUAGGAAAUCGGAACACUUGAACGACCUCAUUUCGCCAAUAGCUUCCCAUGCCUGUCCAUCCCUUAAAUCUACAGAUACGCCCAUUAUAUGUAUCAGAGAAUCAAAACCUGUGGUUCUUCGUGGAUAUGGCUUUGACUUUGUCAUGCGUAAAGAGGAGAUUAUUUGCAGGUUCUAUUUAAGUGACAUAGAUAAUAGUUUCAGAGAUGUAAAACCCAUCAAUUUUACCAAGAAUACUGUUACUUGUCCUGGACCAAUCGUAGAACUACCAGGAAAAGUCAUCUAUGUUCUACUCAGCCUGGACAAUGGAAAAAACUUCCUGAAUAACAAUGUAUUCGUUGCCAGCAAGCUAUGUGGUGCAGUUCUACACACAACAACUACAACCACAAGUAGGCCAACAACUACAACAACGACUACAACUACAACCACUACCACAACCCCAUCUACCACGACAACUACACCGACCACAACCACAACAACUACACCGACCACAACCACAACUACACCGACCACAACAACUCUGCCGACUACCACUGAAAGCCCCACCACCAUCCCCACCACCCCUUUGGUCACAGAGGAACUGAAGCCAAGCAUCGAUAAAUUCAUUUUUGCCCCUAUACUCCUGGCCAUGCUACUGACUCUGUCGCUGAUUGGUUGUUUCUGGCAGCUGUGCUGCCUGCCGCCUGUGGAGGAGCUGCCCCCACCUAAGCCCCAACCACAGCCCAGACAGAAGAAACAGCCCUCUGCUCCAGUGUCUCCCCCAGCACCAGCACCAGCACCAGCACCUGUAAAUCCACCCCCCAUUGUCAUCGUCUGCUGCUGUACCUGUGGUGGCCUGUGUGUGCGCAGAGACGCGGAGGGCAAUGUGAUUGUGCACAACUUCAACCCCCUAGGCUGCCACCAGUUGCCAUUGAUGUGGCCUCAUUCGGAUGACCAGACUGUCAGUGAUCUCAUGGAAUCUGUCUACGCCUUGCUCAGUAUUGAGGUUUUAAGAACAUAG